UGAGGCUGGGAGCUUCGGCGUCCCUGGCGGAUCUGACUACCUUCAUCGCACUGGGGGGAAGCGCUGGGCUGUGAUUUUGGGAGGGCGCCUGGCCUCUGCGUGUUUAUGAGACUAGAUCUAGCUACUCCCUCACCGGGACCGGAGGGCGGCCGGGUCCUAGUGCCCGCUAGGUCCCUGGGGCCCGGGACUGGGGAGGGCGGAGGCUGCGGCCCAACUAAGAGCGACCUCGCUGCAUGAAGCCGUCCGCGGGGCGCUGAUGGCCGGACGCAUCUUGGGGAAGACUUUAGUCACGGUGUCUCUCUCUGUGGCCUUGGCCACUGUGGCUGUCAAGUCCUCGGGCUUUCUCUGCGUCCGGGAGUCCAGAAUCUCAUUUUCAUCCUGUGGGUUUCAUCUUAACCACAGCAUCAUGUCUGGUUCUAAUGGUGGUAAAGAGAAUUCCCACAACAAGGCUCGGACAUCUCCUUACCCAGGUUCAAAAGUUCAACGCAGCCAGGUUCCUAAUGAGAAAGUAGGCUGGCUUGUUGAGUGGCAGGACUAUAAUCCUGUGGAAUACACUGCAGUCUCUGUCUUGGCUGGACCUAGGUGGGCAGAUCCUCAGAUCAGUGAAAGUAACUUUUCUCCCAAGUUUAAUGAAAAAGAUGGGCAUGUUGAGAGAAAGAGCCAGAAUGGUCGGUAUGAGAUUGAAAAUGGAAGACCUAGAAAUCCUGCGGGACGGACAGGCUUGGUUGGCCGUGGGCUUUUGGGGCGAUGGGGCCCAAAUCAUGCUGCAGAUCCCAUCAUAACCAGGUGGAAAAGGGAUAGAAGUGGAAAUAAAAUCACCCACCCCACUUCCGGGAAAAACAUUUUGCAGUUUGUUGCGAUCAAAAGGAAAGACUGUGGAGAGUGGGCAAUCCCAGGGGGGAUGGUGGAUCCAGGAGAGAAGAUUAGCGCUACACUUAAAAGAGAAUUUGGUGAGGAAGCUCUCAACUCCUUACAGAAAUCCAGUGCUGAAAAAAGAAAAUUAGAGGAACAGUUGCACAAACUCUUCAGCCAGGAACAUCUAGUGAUAUAUAAGGGAUAUGUUGAUGAUCCUCGAAACACUGAUAAUGCAUGGAUGGAGACAGAAGCUGUGAACUACCAUGAUGAAACAGGGGAGAUAAUGGAUAACCUCACCCUUGAAGCUGGAGAUGAUGCUGGAAAAGUAAAGUGGGUGGACAUCAACGAUAAACUCAAGCUUUAUGCUAGUCACUCUCAAUUCAUCAAACUUGUGGCAGAGAAACGAGAUGCACACUGGAGUGAGGACUCUGGCACUGACUGCCGUGGGUUAUAGCUUGCACCUCCCCGUGAGCCAGAGGCCAGCCAACGAGCACGUACUGAACAGAAGGCAAGGUCACUGCUCCACGAGCAAGGGGGCAGGGUGGCGACUUGGAAAUUAUUUUACCCACUUUUAAAAUGAUUUUCAUUUAAAAGGUUUUACAUCAGAAUAAAAUUAGUAAAUAUGGUGAAAUGUAAUAUGGUAUUUUCUGCUUUCCAGUCAAAAGAAAUAUAAACAAUCAUAUUUUAUAUAUAUUCUAUUUAAGCAUGCCUUUAACCAAAUUUAAACAACUUUGAUGCCCCGAAGAACUGUGAUCUGAAUAAAGAUAAAUUUCUGACAAGC